UACAGAUCGUUUCCAGACGUUUAGGCGUAAAGUUCGUAUCACUCUCUUUCUAUUCAAAAGACUUAUACGUAAUUUUUAUAUAGACUACAACGUGAAUAAAAUAAAUAAAGUGAAUUUUUAUUUUGUUAUCAAUUUUUAUUUAAAAUUACAAAAGGGAUAUAAUCAUUUUCAAAGUGGUUUUAUUGGUGAAUCGGGUCCGUUUUUUAUUUUCUUUCUGUUCGCGGACGUUUUUUCGUUUGUCGUUAACGUGUCGGAGAAAAUGGUACGAAGUUUUGCCCAUUGGACGAAAACUUUGAGUUUUCCUGCGAGAAUUUCCCCGAACAAAAGCUCUAAGGAGAGUGUGAUCAACUUGCAUCCAACUACUAGUCCAACGGUAACUCCAACUCCAAGCAGCAAUUCUAUACCGGUACUCAAGAAUAACGAAAUAAAUACCAUGAUGAGUAGUGGACCAAUACAAGAAGUCACUCCAAUUUAUUCGGAUCCGGAAUCGGAGAAGGCAAUUAUGAGCUCAGUUGUCUAUUGCAUACAUCACAAAGAAGGUUGCAAAUGGUCUGACGAGCUCCGCAAAUUGAAGGCUCAUUUAAACACGUGCAAACACGACGCCAUACCGUGCACGAGCCAUUGUGGUGCUCAGAUACCACGGGUGCUUAUGGAGGAUCAUUUAAAGUACACGUGUCCGCAAAGAAGGGCGCGAUGCGAGUUUUGCAGCAAAGAGUUCACCGGACACACCUUGGAGAACCAUAUAGGAUCCUGCGGGUACGAACCAAUGUACUGUGAGAACAAGUGCGGAAUGAAAAUUCAACGUAGGCAUUUGAGCCAACACAAGAACAACGAGUGUUCGAAACGAUUGCUGGCUUGUCGAUACUGUUCAAAAGAAUUCGUGGCGGAUACUUUAGCUGCUCACCACAUAAAAUGCGGUCGAGUGCCGGUUGCUUGUCCGAACAGGUGUGAUUCGAACUUGUUGGCUAGAGAAGAUCUCGAUCUUCAUCUUAAAGAUCAUUGCACGGUUUCUGUUAUGAGUUGUAAUUUUAAAGACGCCGGUUGCAGAUUUAAGGGUCCUAGAUAUUCCAUGGAAAAACAUUUGGAAGAAAAUUGUCAACAACAUCUCACCUUAAUGUGCAGCGUUGUAACAAAACAACAACAUCAAAUAAGUUCGUUAAAAAGCGCUUUAUCGAGAUUAUCGUUAAAUUAUUCUGGGACUUUAAUUUGGAAGAUAAGCGAUUUUUCUUCAAAAAUGGGCGAGGCGAAAAAUAAGGAUGGAAUGGAAUUGGUUUCUCCUCCUUUUUAUACUAGUCAAUAUGGUUAUAAAUUACAGGCUUCUCUUUUUCCAAAUGGAAAUGGAGCUGGAGAAGAUACCCACAUUUCGGUUUAUAUAAAAAUUUUACCUGGAGAAUACGACGCUUUAUUAAGGUGGCCCUUUUCUCAUUCCGUUUCGUUCACGUUGUUCGAUCAAUCGUCGUGUCCAGAAAAAGCUUGCAACAUCGUCGAAAGUUUCAUUCCAGAUCCAACCUGGAAAAACUUUCAGCGACCAAGUAAAGAACCAGACUCCUUAGGAUUUGGAUUUCCAAGAUUUGUCUCACAUGAAAUGUUGAAAAAACGGCAUUUCAUGAAAGAUGACACAAUGUUUAUUCGAGUUAAAGUUGAUCCAAGUAAAAUUGUCGCUGUAUAAAGAUUUGUUAUAAAUAUUUAAUUUCCUGAUCUCUUUUUGUAAACAUAUGUAAAUAUUAUUUUUUGUAAAUUUUAUUAAAAAACGUAAUAAUUUAUGGGAUAUAUUUUAAGUUUAUUAUUAUUUUUAUUAAUAAGACUGGAUUGUAUUUUUUAUUAAUUUUUUUUAAAGAACUUAAAUCUUAAACAUCGUAUUUAUGCAACUUAUAAAUAUACCAUCUAAUAACAAUAAUAUCGUUAUCAAAUAAAUAAUCGUUGUAAUGGAUAAAUAACCACAAUAACGCAUAUAUUUAAAGUUUAUACGUUUACUACUAUAAUUAUUUAGUUCUUAUAUAGUUAGGUUGCUCAGGAAGGCAUGUAUAAAAAAGAUUUUCUUUCAUUCUUCUAUACCAGUUCUUAUAAUUUCGUUUUUAAUCUUUUUCGAUUAAGGAAGGUACUUAUUAUAUUUUUGUUGUAUUUUUGUGAUAGCUGGAGCGUACCAAAGGUUAUUUUGUGUUAAUAGUCGGAUCUGUAAAUAUGUAUGUACGUUAAUUAAUCCUCUUUUAUUGUAUCUGCAUAGAUAUAAUUGUAUGUUUCGUCGAAAAAAGUCAUAUAAAUAUUAAGUUUGUAAGUUUUGAUAUGUGUGUUUGAGUUUAGUUAUUAAUAAUGAAUAAAAGUUCAACUUGUACUAUAAAA